UUCAACUGGUAAUAUAAAAUUCCGAAUUAGAAAAAACAAUUUCAUCUACUUCAGGCCUUUCUCCUCGCAACAAUACAGACAAAUUAUCAAACGGGCGUCGCGUCGGAAGGAUAAUAAUUGGAGCAUCGUUAUGGCUAUCGACAUCGGCACCUUGGAGAAAAGGUACUUUGAUGGUUGCAAGAGGCAAGGAAUUAUGCCGAAUAAGGCAAUAGUGGCAGCACUAUUCAAGGCUAAGAUCAAGAAAGCCCGGCAUGAGACAUGUACUCUCAUGGUUUCAAUGGAUGACUUGAGAGAUGUUGAUUUCUACCCCCUUUUAGAUCUAUUAAAGGAAAUUGAUGUAUCUGAGGUAGAUGCAGUUGAUAUGGUAAAUAAGUCUUCAUGUGUUCUGGGUGGAGAAUAUGCUUCUUCUCUGCUGCAUGCUAUCAGCAAAAAGCUUCGAGUGGUUGAUAUUUGUGACAUCUCAUUUGGGAAAGAUUUCUUAUUGGAUCUUGCUCAGCGAGGUUUAUCAUGCCAAGUUCUAAAUUUAAGGUCUUCUCAUUUCCGAAAGCUCAGUAUGGUUGGACAAUUUGUGCGAAUGCAGACACUUAACCUAGAUUUUAGCACUUCCCUUACUAGUUUUCGGGAGGAUUGCUUUUCCUGUAUGCCAAAUUUAAGGUUUCUUUCACUAUGUGAAACAAGAAUUACAAAUCUGUGGACCACUAGUGCAGCGCUAGAGAAGCUGCCUUCACUAGUUGAACUUCGAUUUCAGAAGUGCUUAUAUUGUAGUGAUAUGGACUAUUCUUCUGCAUCACCUGGAAAUGAAAUAAAUGAAGAUAUGAGUUCGAGUUAUGUGGAACUUGGCUUGCAUGUAGAUUUACAUUCUCCAAGUGAUGAAGUUUUUUCACAUUUACAACUAGAUGUGGAUGAUGAAGAUAUGGGUAAUUAUGAUAUAGUUCAGGAUGUCAGAAGUUCAAAUGAGGGUUCCUCAGAUGACAGUGAAGUUGACUUUUCAGGUCAUCGUCAGGACUUUGAACAGCUGGAGCUUGCUCCUGAUAGAACUCUUGGCUGGAAUGAACUGACUGAUAUGCCAAAUGAGAUAUCAUUUGGAACACUGGACAUGCAACACGAUGACCUAUUUCCACAUGAAUUGGUCAACUUGAGUCCUCUUACUUCUACUGCCACAAAGAAGUACAUUUCUCGUCAUGCAUCUCCAAUAUGCUAUGAGAAACAUUACAGGGAUUACAUGAUAGCUUCCUUGCCAAACCUUAAAGUUCUUGAUAAUUUGCCAGUUGAAGAAGUUGAGAGGGAAAGAGCCAAUGAUAUCUUCUCGCAGCAUUUUGAAUAUCUUCCAUACAACAGACGUUACAAGGAGAGUGUGGUUAGCCUGUUGCAGCAACGUGAAAUCAAAUCUAACCUAUCUUGUACUCCUCCCUCAAAGAAACAGUUCUCCACUUCAAGAAUAUCUCAAUGUUUCUAUUCCAGAUCAAUAUCUGCCGCAAUAAUGGGAUCUUCUGCGUGGCCUAUUUUACAUCCUCUUUCGAUUACAAGUGGUGUGUUGAGGGAGGAGAGAAGAAAUUUUCGACCAAGACAGUUUGAGUAUCAUCCAUCAGAUUCAAGUCUUAUGGUUUUUGGAACCUUGGAUGGUGAAGUUGUCAUUAUAAACCAUGAGAGUGGGAAAAUUGUUCGGAACAUUCCCUCACUUGGAGCUAUGAAUAGUGUGCUGGGACUGUGCUGGCUGAAAAGGUACCCUUCUAAGCUCAUUGCUGGUUCAGAUAAUGGUUCGCUUCGACUGUAUGAUAUAAAACAUAUUCCUGCUGAGGGUGGAUGGCUGCAUCACACUCCUGGUUCCAUCAACUUUGAUGAAUUCGACCAGUUGACUUCAGUCCAUGUCAAUUCGACAGAUGAACUUUUUCUUGCCAGUGGAUACUCAAAAAAUGUUGCUUUGUAUGACAUUGGCACUGGAAGACGGUUGCAUGUUUUUGCAGAUAUGCAUCAAGAGCAUAUCAAUGUAGUCAAGUUUUCAAAUCACUCUCCAUCUAUGUUUGCGACGUCAUCUUUUGAUCAGGAUGUUAAGAUGUGGGAUAUAAGACAAAAGCCAAUACAACCUUGUUAUACUGCUACAAGCUCUCGAGGGAAUGUGAUGGUCUGUUUUUCACCUGAUGAUCACUAUCUUCUUGUUUCAGCUGUUGACAAUGAGGUAAAGCAGCUACUGGCUGUUGAUGGAAGGCUCCAUAUGGAUUUUGGUAUAGCUUCCACUGGAAGUUCCCAAAACUACACUCGCUCUUACUACAUGAGUGGGAGGGAUUAUGUAAUAAGCGGUAGUUGUGAUGAACAUGUGGUUCGCAUCUGUUGUGCAAACACAGGGAGGCGACUCAGGGAUGUGUCAUUGGAGGGUAAAGGUGUGGGAGCUUCAAUGUUCGUUCAAUCAUUGAGAGGCGACCCUUUCCGGAAUUUCAGCAUGAGCAUUUUGGCUAACUAUGUAAGACCAAGUUCAAAUUCAGAAAUUGUUAAGGUUAACCUUUUGGAAUCUAAGGACCAUGAGAAAUCACAUAAUUACAAGCAACAACAUCACUCAGUUACUGGAAUGGGAGGUUGAGAUUGUCAUAGUCAUAGUCUACUAAUCAUUCGUCAUAUAUACAAAUAUAUAAGGUUGUGCAUUAUGAGUAAGUCGCAGCUGUUAUAUUAGGUUGUACAUUAUGAGUAAGUCACAGCUUAAUUGAAAGAAAAUGCUCAAUUGAACUUCUGUUGCUGUUGUAUAAACAUUUGUUGUACAAAAGCUUACCUUCAAUCCAACUAAAAUAACUUAUUCUGUCCCAUCUCUUUAUAUAUAAAUUUUUUGCAUCUGUAGCUCAGGAAUUUCGAAUUCUGGCAUUGUUUCAAUUAAAUGCUGUGUGUUCAUUCUUGGCAUUGGAGAUUAUGUUGUACAUGUAGUUAUAUAUAUGGAACUGCAUCUGCCUGAAAAUGCAAAAAAGCUUCACGGAGACGAGAAGAGUCGAGGCGGAAAAGCAUUCAAGAGCAUGGAACUGUUAUUUUGCCUAGCUCAAAUUCUACACUAUGGUUUGGUUGGAGGAAUAAGAACCCAGGCAAGUCAGCAGUGGUCAUAAAGAAGCAUCCUAGAAACAGAAAAAUAUCCUGUGUGGCUGUGAGGUUAGAAUGAGGCAAAGAUGGAUACGCCAUAUCCAUGGUGGGGUGCACUAAAGUACAUUGCCAGCCAGGUGGUGAUGGUGCUGAAUUCCACUGUAGUACUACAGAAGGUUAGUGCUGCUGUUUGACACCUGUUUUUAUCUUUAUCUAACGUGCUGUUCUUGAAACUAGGAAUUAUGGGCUUCUGCAAAAUAGUUGUUGAGCAUUGCCCUUAUUUUAUUUUAUUUUAUUUAAAAAAAAUAAAAUAAAAUUUAUGGUUUCUGGACACUGCUAUUACUACUAAUAAAUAUGAUAGAGAAUAUAAAAUGCAUUGGAUCUGGCAUUCUAUCCCACCCCAGCUGGCACCCACAGGCAAAACUACAACCUCCCACCGCAACCCCCUUAUCAUCCCAUCCCAUAUUCCCAUAUUGUAAAAAAGGCAGAUAGUACACGUUUCCAAAGCACAAAAAAUGUGUUGUAUGUAUAUAUGAAGUAUGUAUUGUAUAUAUAUAUUUUGUGUUAAAAUCAAUGAUAAUGUGUGUUGUGAACUAUUGUCAUUCAGUUUAUAUGUUGUAUUUGUAUAUAUUACUCCUUUCGUCUCACAAAAAUAUGCUCAAAAAUUUUUUGGCACGGAUUUUAAUGUGUGGAGUUUUGAUUGAUAUAUAUUUGUUAUUUUUCGUUUUUUAUGGUAAGAAAAAUAUAAAUAAUUAAUAUAAAUUUUUACUAAAUAAAAAAAAUUAGAACAUUUUAAAGAGAUAAAAAUAAAAAAUAAAAAGUGAGCAUAUAUUUAGAAGACAGAGGAGUAAUACAAAUCAUGGGUUGUUAUUUAAUAUUGUAUGUAUUGCUUGCAUGUAUUUAGUGUGCUGUUAGUAUUAUGCUCAAAGUUCUAAAUCACCCCGAUAUAAUGAGUAAAUUGUAUUAUGUUUUAUUAUAAAUACACAAAACAUUUGUAUUGUAUUUAUUGUGUGAGAUGUUGCUUUAUAUUAAAAUAUGUCUUUUCAUCCAAAAUCGAUGUUGUAAACUUGCAUCUAACUAUUGUAUAAAGAGAAUGUUUUGUGCAUAUUUUAUAAGAAAAUUUUAUAAAAUAAAUAAAGUAUAAGUGAAUAUUAUGUAAUUUACCCCCCUCCUCUCUUCUGUCUCUCUCUAUAUAUAUAUAUGGAAUAAAGUAGUAAGUACGUACAUUUGUUGUUGUUGGAUGCAUCCAUAAAACCGUGUGGACCUGCAGUACUCACUCACUCUCCCCCCUGCAUGCAUUGUUUGUUAGUCCUAUAUUAAUUAAUUAAUAUAUUUAUUUAUUUAUUUAUAAAGAAACCAUGACAGGAAUCUUUUGGUUUGGCUGGAGUAGUAACUAGUAGUAGUGUUGUUUUGGUCUAUAAAUACCUCUGUAUAUUUUCCAUCAUCAUCAUCAUCACUCAAUAUUAUUCUCAGAGGACAACGCAAAUAAUUAAUGAUGAAGGUUGUUUUGGUGGCUUCUCUCCUCCUGUUUUCCAUUAUCGUUUUGAGCAGCACCACCUUCAUCCACCCUACAAUGGCUGCUGCUGAUGGUUUUGGUGUGUGCGGGCGGAGUUGCCGGAUGCGGUGCAGCCGGGCGGGCAUGAAGGAUCGGUGCCUGAAGUAUUGCGGGAUAUGCUGCUCCAAGUGCCGGUGCGUGCCGGCGGGGACUUAUGGAAACAAGCAUCAGUGUCCUUGCUACAGAGAUAUGCGCAACUCCAAGGGCAAGCCCAAAUGCCCUUAGAAAUUUCAUUUAUUCAUUU